ACCUUCACUGCACUGCACUGCUCCUAAGUCCUAGUCCCCAUUCUCUUCUGUCCUCUCUUCAUUUGGCACACUAUUUAACUCCCCCUAGCCCACUCACAUUUCCUCACCUCAUUUCACUCCAAAUUUUCUUUGCCAUUUCCCUACCCAUGUCAACCUCUAGAACCUCAGAUACACCCUUCAAAGGAUAUGAUCCCAACCAAACUCAAAUGUGUCUCUCUCUUCUCCAACGCAACACAUCUCCUUCUGGUGAGAGAAGAGGCAGAAGGAAGCAAGCUGAGCCAGGAAGGUUCCUCGGGGUCAGGAGGCGUCCUUGGGGUCGAUAUGCUGCUGAAAUCAGAGACCCCACAACCAAAGAAAGGCAUUGGCUUGGCACUUUCGACACUGCUCAGGAAGCAGCUCUUGCUUAUGACAGAGCUGCUCUCUCCAUGAAAGGAAACCAGGCAAGAACCAACUUUGUUUACUCCGACAACAUCAACUUCCACACUAUACUUUCUCCUGCCGAUGUUCAAGUCCAACUUCAACUUCAACCUCUCCUCCCACCUUCACAGUUCCUCUCUAACACCACUCACACCAAACAGCCAAACAACCAGAAUAGCCUCCCCAAGGUUGUCCACACUUCAAACACUGGAAACCCCUCCCCAUUGAACAAUGACGCCUUUGUUGAAAUUGAAACCACGUAUGGGUCGGCUGAUCAGGAUGAUAGUUUCUUCUUUUCCAGUGAUUCCAACUCAGGCUACCUUGAAUGCAUAGUUCCUGAUAACUGUUUCAGACCUGCUUCCUCCAGAACAAACAGUUCAAACUCCAGAAAGAGCAAUGUGAGCGAUCAAAAGGCUAACACAAACUCCAGUGAGAGUACUAAUCAUCAUGAACAGUACUACUACUCUCAAGAAAUGGCAGGAAUGGCCUCUAACUUUUCAGAGUUUUGUUAUCCAAGUGAAGUCAUGAGUCAAGGAUCAUGGGAUGAUCAACAGUCAUGGGAUUGGAACUGCAGUGAACUUUCAGCCAUAUUUAAGAACCCAUUAAGGGUGGAAAAUGGGUGCAUGGAUGCAUUGUACCCGAUGAGUGAUGAUCAGAGUCCAAGUCCAAGCUAUGGAGUAAUGAAUGAGUGUGCUUCUUCUACUACCUGUUCUCCAUCACUUCCACCCUUUGGGGACGUAGACUUGGGAUACCCACUCUUCUGAGUCUCAGACUGAGGUGCAUUUAUCAAGGAGUGUCUUAGUUAGCCUCUUCUGUACUUGCAUUGCAUGCACUUGUACGUUUUUCUUUUUAAUUUUCCUUGUAACUUGGGUCUAGCAACCCUUUUUCCUUCUUCUAAUGUAAUUACUAAAUUGCACACAUGAUGAUGAUGAUGGGGUGAGUGAUUGAGCUCUUUGGCUUUUGAGCUCCACUACCACCUCUCACUUUC